AGCAACCGCAUCCCUGUUGUUCCUGUUGUAUGUUAUCGCGACGCGUAGUGGCACGAGUGGCAGCGGCAGCCAACGCUCUGGCGCCAUGAGCUCGCCGCCAUCCGAGCCGUCCUUCGAGCUAUCCUACUCGAGCUCGUGUGGCACGUCUGUCGAUCCGAUCGAGACGCCAAGACACAGCAAGACACGACACGAUCAGUCAAUCUGUCGAUGUUGCAAGGGCAAGACAUCCUUGGACAGCUUGCUGUCUGCCAACGUACCCCGUCCACGCCAUCGAAGCGAAGACACAGAAGUGGCAGAGGAGCCCAUCGGUGAUGCUGACCUGGCCCUCGAUCGACUCAUAGAGCAGAGCCAGCAGCUACUACACACUUCUCGCGAGAUACUUGCAACAACGGCAAACACCUCUCAUCUAUUGCGCAAGCUCAGCACAGACGAAGACAUAUCACUCUCGUUGACAGAUAUGCACGCACUUCGGCUCAACGAGGAGCUCGGCACGGCACACAGACUACGCACAUGGCUAGACACGAUGACCGAUGACGUUGACAAUCUCUACGGCGGCUUACGUCCUCUAGAUCGGCGGCGGACCCGCUCUCCUGUUCUCAAGACACAGAUUGACGCGCCUUGCAACGCAGGGUCACAUACGAUAGAAGGAUUUGACUGGGCAGCAGCGCAGCAAACGAGUAGCCCGAAGCUACGCACUUCCUUCUCAGAUAGUCGUAAGCCAGCCGCGCAAAGAAGAAUAUCAGAUACAUCGCCUCUACUACAAGGGCGACCUUCCGAUAACAUCCAUGGCAGAGGCAGCGUCACUGUCGAUACAUCUAACGCCCGCGAUCGAUUGCUUGCCAUGCUCAAAAGUCGACAGUGAUGACGGCGUGUGUUCAGAGGAUUCACUUUUCGAACUUGUCAGCUGCAGACUGCCAUCGCUCUAGAGACACCUUCACAGCUUCGAGAUCUGCCCUGUUCCAGCCAUUCGUCUUGGCCAGGAACGCAAUCUUGUCCGAGUUGAGUACGAUGGACAGUAGCUCGACGGACCUUGAGGUGAAUCGGCGUGCCCAGAAGUAAUCGUGCUUUACUUUUCGCGUUGUUGCCGUAAAGCCGUGCUGGCUUACUUCUUUCAAUUCCUUGCCCAACCUGCUCAGACUGUUUCUGAGCUCUUUCGCUGGCAUGAAGCUUGUAUCAGAAAGCUGGAAUGCAUGCCAAGCUUGAUCGGGUUCGCCUUGGAG